CGACCAAUGGGACUCCGCCCCCUGGGGCGGUGCUGGGCGCCGAUUGGUUGGCAGGAGCCGGGCGCUGCGCAAAAACAUCGGAGCGGAGCGCUGCCCGCUCAGAAACUGCUGGCAGAGAUCGCGGCAGCCGCGCCGGGAGCGGAGCCGGGACGGGAGCGCAGCGGCGGCGGCACCGCACACACAGACACAGGGGCUAGGCGAGAAAGCAGCAAGAGAGAGGAAAAAAAAUAAUAAUCCCCACCGCGAUCGGCACCGCCGUAAAAGCAGAGUGAUGAUGACCGUACUCGUAGCAAUAAGAGAAGAAAAGACCUUUGACAGAGAAGAGAGAAAUCUAAAAUCUUUAAAUUAAAAAAAAAAAAAAAAAGGAAAUACCAGGGACAUCGGGGAAUGAAAGUUUUGUGUAGCUAAGCUGCUCUCUGCCUUUUUUUUUUUCUUUUUUUUAUAUGCAUAUGAAAUCUUUUUGCGGGUAAUUUUUUUUUUUUUUUUUAAUUUCGCGGUUUUCUGCCUUUUCCUUGCAUCCAAAGAGGGCAUGCCCACCGGCUGUUCCAGCAGCAUCUACCCUCCAACUCCCACCAGGAAGACAAACAGAGGACAAUCUUGAAAUACAAAAAUUUCCUCCUUGGAAUUUGCUACUGCUGCUGUCUCCGCCGCCACUGCUGCUGCCGCGGUGCAGUGCCAAGACUCUCGGAAUAAAUAAAAGAGGGCUACAGUGUCAGUGUGUGUCUCUAGCUACAGCCGGCUAAUAGCUAUUUUAGUUGGCCGGCGCAUCUCGAAGACCACAGAUGAAGCGGGGACGCCUGUCUUCUUCGUUGGCUCAGCGUGUGAAACAAUAAUCCCCGUAACAAAAAGGAGGGAGAUGGGGGAGAAAAAAAAUCCUAACAUGAAUCAGAAGAAAUAGUAUCUAGCACCCCCCAGCCCCCCCAAACCAACCUCACCCCCUCCCCUUCCCCCGAUCCCCCUCUCUCUCUCUCUCUCUCUGCACACGCUUGCAGGCGCGGGCACGCGCGCGCGCGCACACACAGACACACAGACGCGCGCACCCAGACACACAGACACGCACACACACUGUACUGUGUAUUUUCGGAGGAGGAGGUGGCUUUUGGAAGAGGAGGCAGCGGUGGUGUCGGGGAGGGGGGAAUCUCUUUCCCCGUCUGGAGAUGGUUGUGCUAUUCCUCUUUGCCUCGCUCUGGAUGCUGGAGGGGGCUUUUUGCCAGCUCCAUUACACGGUGCAGGAAGAGCAGGAGCAUGGCACGUUCGUGGGGAAUAUCGCCGAGGACCUGGGCUUGGACAUUACAAAACUUUCGGCUCGGCGCUUCCAGACGGCGCCCAACUCCCGCAGCCCUUACCUGGAGCUUAACCUAGAGACCGGGGUGCUCUACGUGAACGAGAAGAUCGACCGCGAGCAGAUCUGCAAGCAGAGCCCCUCCUGCCUGCUGCACCUGGAGGUCUUCCUGGAGAACCCCCUGGAGCUGUUCCGCGUGGAGAUCGAGGUGCUGGACAUCAACGACAACCCGCCCUCCUUCCCGGAGCCCGACCUGACCGUGGAGAUCUCGGAGAGCGCCACGCCGGGCACCCGCUUCCCGCUGGAGAGCGCCUUCGACCCCGACGUGGGCACCAACUCGCUGCGCACCUACGAGAUCACCCCCAACAGCUACUUCUCCCUCGACGUGCAGACCCAGGGCGACGGGAACCGCUUCGCCGAGCUGGUGCUGGACCAGCCGCUGGACCGGGAGCAGCAGGCGGUGCACCGCUACGUGCUGACGGCGGUGGACGGCGGGCAGCCCCAGCAGCGCACCGGCACCGCCCUGCUCACCGUCAGGGUGCUGGACUCCAACGACAACGUGCCCGCCUUCGAGCAGCCCGUGUACACCGUGUCGCUGCCGGAGAACUCGCCGCCGGGCACGCUGGUGCUGCAGCUGAACGCCACGGACCCCGACGAGGGGCAGAACGGCGAGAUCAUCUACUCCUUCAGCAGCCACAUCUCGGCCCGCGCCCGGGAGCUCUUCGGCAUCGCGCCGCGCACCGGGCGCCUGGAGGUGAGCGGCGAGCUGGACUACGAGGAGAGCAGCGUGUACCAGGUGUACGUGCAAGCCAAGGACCUGGGGCCAAACGCCGUGCCCGCGCACUGCAAGGUGCUGGUGCGGGUGCUGGACGCCAACGACAACGCGCCCGAGAUCAGCUUCUCCACCGUGAAGGAGGCGGUGAGCGAGGCGGCGGCGCCGGGCACCGUGGUGGCCCUGUUCAGCGUGUCGGACCGCGACUCGGAGGAGAACGGGCAGGUGCAGUGCGAGCUGCUGCAGGGCGACGCGCCCUUCCGCCUCAAGAGCUCCUUCAAGAACUACUACACCAUCGUCACCGAGGGGCCGCUGGACCGCGAGCAGCCGGGCGGCGACGCCUACACGCUGACCGUGGUGGCCCGGGACCGCGGCGAGCCGCCGCUCAGCACCAGCAAGUCCAUCCAGGUGCGGGUGAGCGACGUGAACGACAACGCGCCGCGCUUCAGCCAGCCCGUGUACCAGGUGUACGUGAGCGAGAACAACGUGCCCGGCGCCUACAUCUACGCCGUGAGCGCCACCGACCGCGACCAGGGCGCCAACGCCCGCCUCGCCUACUCCAUCCUGGAGAGCCAGAUCCAGGGCAUGUCCGUCUUCACCUACGUCUCCAUCAACUCCGAGAACGGCUUCCUCUACGCCCUGCGCUCCUUCGACUACGAGCAGCUCAAAGAGUUCAGCUUCCAGGUGGAGGCCCGCGACGCGGGCGAGGAGCCACAGCCGCUGGCCGGCAACGCCACCGUGCACAUCAUCGUGGUGGACCAGAACGACAACGCGCCCGCCAUCGUCAGCCCCGUGCCCGGCCGCAACGGGACCCCGGCGCGGGAGGCGCUGCCCCGCGGCGCCGAGCCGGGAUACCUGGUCAGCCGGGUGGCGGCCGUGGACGCCGACGACGGCGAGAACGCCCGCCUCACCUACAGCAUCGCGCGGGGCAACGAGGCCGGGCUCUUCCGCAUGGACUGGCGCUCCGGGGAGCUGCGCACGGCGCGCAGGGUGCCGGCCAAGCGCGACCCGCAGCGCCCCUACGAGCUGGUGAUCGAGGUGCGCGACCACGGGCAGCCGCCGCUCUCCUCCACGGCCGCCGUGCAGGUGGUGCUGGUGGACGGCGCGGGAGAGCGCUCCGGGGGCGGCGGCGGCGCGGCCGCGGGCACCGGCGCGGGGGGAGGCUCCGGGGGCUCCGGCGAGCAUCGCCCCAGCCGCUCCGGCGGGGAUAACUCGCUGGACCUCACGCUCAUCCUCAUCAUCGCCCUGGGCUCCGUCUCCUUCAUCUUCCUGCUGGCCAUGAUCGUGCUGGCGGUGCGCUGCCAGAAGGAGAAGAAGCUCAAUAUCUACACCUGCCUGGCCAGCGACUGCUGCCUGGGCUGCUGCUGCUGCUGCCCCUGCUGCAGCCGGCAGGCGCGGGCCCGCAAGAAGAAGCUCAGCAAGUCGGACAUCAUGCUGGUGCAGAGCUCCAACGUGCCCAGCAACCCCGCGCAGGUGCCGGUGGAGGAGUCGGGCAGCUUCGGCUCGCACCACCACAACCAGAACUACUGCUACCAAGUCUGCCUCACCCCCGAGUCCGCCAAGACCGACCUGAUGUUCCUCAAGCCCUGCAGCCCCUCUCGCAGCACCGACGCCGAGCACAACCCCUGCGGGGCCAUCGUCACCGGCUACGCCGACCAGCAGCCCGACAUCAUCUCCAACGGGAGCAUUUUGUCCAGCGAGACCAAGCAUCAGCGUGCUGAGCUCAGUUAUCUAGUUGACAGACCCCGACGAGUAAACAGCUCUGCAUUCCAGGAAGCAGACAUAGUGAGCUCUAAGGACAGUGGUCAUGGAGACAGUGAGCAAGGAGACAGUGAUCAUGAUGCCACUAAUCGAGGUCAAUCCUCUGGCAUGGAUCUCUUCUCCAACUGCACAGAGGAAUGUAAAGCACUGGGCCACUCGGAUCGGUGCUGGAUGCCUUCCUUUGUUCCAUCCGAUGGACGCCAAGCUGCGGAUUACCGCAGCAAUCUGCACGUACCUGGCAUGGACUCCGUUCCAGACACUGAAGUGUUUGAAACACCAGAAGCCCAGCCCGGGGCAGAAAGGUCCUUCUCCACCUUUGGCAAAGAGAAGGCCCUUCACAACAGUCUGGAGAGGAAGGAGUUCGAUGGACUGCUGUCUAAUACACGAGCGCCUUACAAACCACCAUAUUUGACACUUGCCAUCUCUGGAUCUCAAAGUGGAUUAUAAAGAAUAGUGAUUUAAACCUUCCUGCACCUCUAGGAGAUAGCACGGAAAAGGAUAUGCUAGUCACUUCUACAGGACUUACCUGAAGCAGCAUGAUUUGCACAAAAGAAAGUCGACCAACAAAAAGCAUCAGCUUUCAACUUCAUUAUCUUGGCCAUCCAGUUCUGUGUAACUGAAGGAUUUGUGUGCUGUUGGAGACAUCCUGGCCAACCAUAGGACCUAAUUGCUCUCAGCAGGCCUGAGAAAUGAGUUGAAAUGUGUAGAACUGUAGAAACUUCAGAGGCAACUGAUCUUGCCUCUCUGAUCAGUGUGUGCCUGUUUACAGCACUAUAUAUCUUUCUCUCUCCAAAAUGUCACUGAGCCCUUUAGAUGUUUAUAUUCACCACAAAAAGCCAAUCGUACAGAUAAAAGAGAUGUGCAUUAUAAAUGCAAUAUCACUGUUUUAAACUUGACUGUUUUAUAUUAUUUUUGUGUGAUCAAGUGUUCCCCAAACUAUUCCAACUUUACAAGAGAGAUUGUGAUCAUGUUCUUUUCACCUGUGGGUUGUAAAAAUGUUGUUAAUCUGAAGACCCACAAAAUUAUCAAAGACAUUUCUGUAGUUUAUACACCGUGUUGCAAAGUGUUUACUGUACUAUUUCAAAGCUUCUAAAUAAAUAUAAAAUAUAUAUAUAUUAUAUUAUAUAUAAUUUUCCGAAAAGCGUGGUACAACUUAGUUGAUUUUUAAAUGGAUUCAUACAGUCUACACCAUCCACUAAAGCGAGAAGAUAAUUCAGGGUUUCUAAGCUAUCCUUGCUAAAAACAAAAAUAAAAUAAACCUUUAAUAGUACUUCCCCAAAAUUCGUAUUUUGGUCGAUCCUGUUUUUCUUGUUUGAAAAAAAAAAAAAAAGCUGUAAGCAACAACAUUUUGUCUAAAAAGUGGUGAGGAAUUUCCAAUGCCAAAGAUGCAGCUGUCAAUAUUACCCCAAUGAGCGCUAUGUACUAUCAGAGGUAUAAACCACUCUCCAUUACUUUGGUUAUGUUUCUAUGGUUUUUAAUUUGGAAUCACAAAAUCUUUUAUAAGGCUCUAUAAAUUCACCUGUAUAUGUUGUUAAAAAAGAACACUGGGUGUCUGUACAUUUUGCAAUGUAAGAUAUAAUGUAAGUGAAGUUAAGUAUUUUAAGAAAAUCAUCCCAAGCUCAUAAAUAUGUAUUCAUACAUACAUAAAUACAUACACACACAAAAUAAAACCACCCACACAUCUCUCUUUAACAUAGUUUUGUGAAACUAUACAAAUAUAUUGCCUAAAAAUAUUUCUCUUGUGGCUAGGAAUAGUUGUUGAUAGAAUUCAAAUUACAAAGGCAAAGUGUAUGCCAGAAGACUCUUUUGUCACAAAGGAGAUUUCCAAUUAGGAACAUGGCACAUUCUCAGCUGACCCUGUCCCAUGGGAGUUCAAAUGGUGUUGGCCACCAUCUUUGUCGGGAAAAGGAUUAAGCCCUUGCAUAUAAUCUUUAUGUUCUGUAAUAAUUCUGUGGUCUGAAAUGGUAUCUUAGAGCGUUUCUUUUCUAUGAAAUAUUGAAAAAAGUAAAAUUUCGAAGGUAAAGUUUAAAACUACUUUCAUGUCCAUGGAGUUUAAGUACCAUUUACUAAAUGUAAAAAUCUAGUAAAAUUUUUUCUUUUUUUUU